AUGGCACAGAUCUUGGCAGCUUCACCAUCAUGUCAAAUGACAGUGCCUAAACACUCAGUCAUCACAAGCUCCAAGCUAUGGAGUUCGGUUGUGUUGAAACAGAAGAAGCAGAGCACUAAACCAAGACACUUUAAAAUCUCUGCUCUUCAGUCUGAUAACAGUACAAUCAAUAGAGUUGAGACUCUUCUCAAUUUAGACACAAAGCCUUACACUGACAGGAUCAUUGCUGAGUACAUUUGGAUUGGAGGAUCUGGAAUUGAUCUGAGAAGCAAGUCAAGGACUCUUGAAAAGCCUGUGGAAGAUCCUUCUGAGCUUCCAAAGUGGAACUAUGAUGGUUCGAGUACCGGACAGGCACCUGGUGAAGACAGUGAAGUGAUUCUAUAUCCGCAAGCUAUCUUCAGAGAUCCUUUCCGUGGGGGAAAUAACAUAUUGGUUAUCUGUGAUACUUACACACCAGCUGGUGAGCCAAUCCCCACCAAUAAACGUGCCAAAGCUGCUGAGAUCUUUAGUAACAAGAAGGUCAUUGACGAGUUGCCAUGGUUCGGCAUUGAACAAGAGUACACUUUACUUCAGCCAAAUGUCAACUGGCCUUUGGGUUGGCCAGUUGGAGCAUAUCCUGGUCCUCAGGGUCCUUACUAUUGUGGAGUUGGAGCUGAAAAGUCUUGGGGUCGUGACAUUUCAGAUGCGCAUUACAAAGCUUGCUUAUAUGCUGGAAUCAACAUUAGUGGUACUAAUGGUGAAGUUAUGCCAGGACAGUGGGAAUUCCAAGUUGGCCCGAGCGUAGGAAUUGAAGCAGGUGAUCAUGUUUGGUGUGCUAGAUACCUUCUUGAGAGGAUCACAGAACAAGCUGGUGUUGUCCUAACGCUUGAUCCCAAACCGAUAGAUGGUGACUGGAACGGUGCUGGUUGCCAUACCAAUUACAGUACUAAGAGCAUGAGAGAGGAGGGAGGAUUUGAGGUGAUCAAAAAGGCGAUCUUGAACCUCUCGCUUCGCCACAAGGACCACAUCAGUGCCUACGGUGAAGGCAAUGAGAGAAGGUUGACGGGAAAGCACGAGACAGCUAGUAUCGACCAAUUCUCAUGGGGUGUUGCUAACCGUGGAUGCUCGAUUCGUGUGGGGCGUGAUACCGAGAAGAAAGGAAAAGGUUACUUGGAAGACCGGCGUCCAGCAUCAAACAUGGACCCAUACAUUGUGACCGGACUUUUGGCAGAGACCACACUCCUCUGGGAGCCAUCCCUUGAGGCAGAAGCACUUGCAGCUCAAAAGCUUUCCUUGAAUGUUUAA